AUGGCGCCGCGUCGUACGUCGAGCGACCGUUCCAGCGACGAUGUCAGCACGUUGGACCUCGUGUUCGCGUGCGCCGUCUGCCAGAGAACAGUCUCCGAGGCAUACGCUACUGAUGCACAUGAGCACGGCCUUCACAGCGGCGAUGGAGAAGAGGAAGGUGCAGUCACAAAGAUGUGGAUUGCAGACUGCUCGCAUGUCUUCUGCGGCAAGCAUUUGGAAGGAGGAGGUAGGUUGAUGGAACAGAACCAAGAACCCGGAAGUCCUCGGGAGCUGAUAAGGCUGCAGGUAUCCCUUUUCAUCCCGCCGGUAUUGAGCAUGCUGAGGUGGUCUGCCCGGUAUGCGUCAAGGUGAAGAAUAUUCGCACAAAGCGAAGGGUCUUCUGGAUCCGAGGGCUGAGCCGAGGCCAAUAUCAGGACAUCGUCCCGCCCAAGUGGUUCAUAUGUCCGCCGGAGAAGCUGAACAGCAGAGAUGAUCUGGAUGAUGCCAUCAGAGUAUGCCUGCACUUCGAGCGAUUUCUGUACAUUUACUGAAUUUGGACAGUUUCAAUAUUUCAACCUCGACCUCUACGCAAAGGGAGCGACCCAGAAGUGGAGGUCUGCCGAGCGAAAACGUCACUCUCUUGAAAAGCACCAUCAUCAAGAGCGCAAGCAAUGGCAGAAGAGAGAAGCGGAGCUGAAGGCACGGAUCACCGAGCUCGAGAAGAAGGAAGUGAAGUUGGAAAAGUGGGAACAGCGGCGGAAAGUCAUCAAUUCGGCUCUUGCAUCAUUUCACGCCAUGGAGGAGUGAGUGUUAUCUGCCGCUGUACAGUAUCGCCGGCUAACAAGCCUAGGGACAUCGAGUCCAUGCGCACACAGCUUGUUAACCUUGGCUUCAAGGUUCCUCGGAGAAGCUACUCGUUCGCCCUGAGCAAGCCCGCUGAAGCGUCGUGGCCACAUCGAGGCGACCAUUCCAAGAACCUCACGGAUGGGGCCACGGCGCAAAGCCCGGCUACACUGAGUGGGUGUGCUGUCGAACGUUACUCGAGCUGA